CGGCGCCUCGGCGUGACGUCACAGGCGAGCGUGUAAUGGCCGAUGUGUCAGAGGUAGCGCUGGACACCAUGAAGACUUUUCAUUCAGGAUACGAGAAAAUCGACCGCGAACUGAGCCGCUACCCGUUCUGUGUCGUGUGGACUCCGAUCCCCGGGCUGACAUGGUUCCUGCCGUUUAUCGGUCACAUGGGUAUCUGCACCUCUACAGGAGUGAUCCGAGACUUCGCAGGUCCUUACUUUGUAUCUGAGGACAACAUGGCAUUUGGAAAGCCCACAAAGUUCUGGAAGUUGGAUAAGAGUAAAGUGUACGGUGGGGGUCCGAGUGCGUGGGACACUGCGGUACACGACGCCUCAGAGGAAUACAAACACAGAAUGCACAAUCUCUGCUGUGAUAAUUGUCACUCUCAUGUUGCCAUGGCGCUGAAUCUGAUGCGUUAUGAUAACAGCACAUCGUGGAACAUGAUCAAACUGUGUGUCCUGUGCUUCAUCUACAGCAAACAUGUCAGUUUUGUGGGUUUUCUGAAGACAUGGCUGCCGUUCCUGAUGAUCUGUGGCAUCAUCGUCACUGUCACACUCGCCUUCAAACUGGACCACAGCGUCUAACACACACCUCAGAAAGGAGACACGGCUCACACUGACCAUCAGGGGGUGCUGCAGGGUAAAAACGCACACACACACAGAACACACUGUCACUGUGGGAUGUGUGUUUGUGUGAAAACAUCACAUUCAGGGGCUUCCACUGGGAUAUCACUGUAAGAGAACACGGCUGUGUCCCAAAUACUAGAACACACACACACACACACACACACACACACACACACACACUGGUGUUUGGGACGCAGUCGGAAAGUCUGAAUGCACCGAGAGACUUUUGUGUGUUUAUUUUAUUAUUGUUUUUAAUACCACGAGGGCUGAAUCUACAUCCACGAUCUGUUAUUUAUACAGGUUUUAUUUAUAUACACGUGUGUGAUGGUUUAGUUCUGAUCUCGUAAGAGUUGUGAUGAGCGGUUUGUGUUGGAGUGUGUUAUUUUACACCACACGCUUGUUUUUUAAAGAAUAUUCCUGCACAGUGAUCACAGUAAUAAUAAUAAACACAAUAAUCGUGUAUGUUUAACGGAGCAGCUGGAGGUGAGCUGUCACCAUGGUGAUGAAGAUGAUGAUGAUGAUGAUGAUGAUGAUGAUGGUCACGACACACAAUCAGCUUCUUAUUUCUGCACUGUUUAUUAAUCUGUUCUCAUUUUAACACGUUUAUAAACGUGUCACGUGAGUCAGCCGUGUCAUCUUUCUAUUUCUCUUUGUAUUUGUACGUGUGGGCCAGAACACACAGUUCUCUCACUUUUCCAUCUCUUUAAUUUCAUUACAUUUUGUCAUUGUUGUACUGUUAUACUGUGUGUGUGUGUGAGUGUGUGUGUGUGAGAGAGGUGAAAUACACUGAUACCACUCUA